UCGGACCACGCGGGGCGGAGCCCUGGGCCGAAGCGGCGGCUCCGCCCCGGCCCAUAACCGGUGCCGCCGCCGCCGCGACCGAGCGCGAGAGCUCGGACCCGAGGCCACCGCCGCCGCCGCCGCCGGGCCCCCGCCCCGCCCGCCCGCCCGCCAUGGCCGCACCCCGCGCUCUGGCGGCCGCCGCGCCCGCGCCCGGGAAGGCCGCACUCACUCACCCGGGGAAGGCGAUCCUGGCAGGCGGCCUGGCGGGCGGCAUCGAAAUCUGCAUCACCUUCCCCACCGAGUACGUGAAGACGCAGCUGCAGCUGGACGAGCGCUCGCACCCGCCGCGCUACCGGGGCAUCGGGGACUGCGUACGGCAGACAGUCCGCAGUCAUGGCGUCCUGGGCCUGUACCGCGGCCUCAGCUCCCUGCUCUACGGCUCCAUCCCCAAGGCGGCCGUCAGGUUCGGGACGUUCGAAUUUCUCAGCAACCACAUGCGGGACGCCCAGGGACGACUGGACAGCACGCGCGGGCUGCUGUGCGGCCUGGGCGCCGGAGUGGCCGAGGCCGUGGUGGUCGUGUGCCCCAUGGAGACCAUCAAGGUGAAAUUCAUCCAUGACCAGACCUCUGCCAGCCCCAAAUACCGAGGAUUCUUCCACGGGGUCAGGGAGAUCGUGCGGGAACAAGGGCUGAAGGGAACGUACCAAGGUCUCACGGCCACCGUGCUGAAGCAGGGAUCCAACCAGGCCAUCCGCUUCUUCGUCAUGACCUCCCUGCGCAACUGGUACCGAGGGGACAACCCCAACAAGCCCAUGAACCCGCUGAUCACUGGUGUGUUCGGAGCCAUCGCGGGUGCAGCCAGUGUCUUCGGAAACACUCCACUGGAUGUGAUCAAGACCCGGAUGCAGGGACUGGAGGCACACAAGUACCGGAACACGUGGGAUUGCGGCCUGCAGAUCCUGAGGAAGGAGGGACUCAAAGCGUUCUACAAGGGCACUGUCCCGCGCCUCGGCAGGGUCUGCCUGGAUGUGGCCAUCGUGUUCAUCAUCUACGACGAGGUGGUGAAGCUUCUCAACAAAGUGUGGAAGACGGACUGAGCCCUGGGGUCUGUGCGCAGGCUGCGCCCGGCGCCUCCUUCUUACAAUUCCAGUGCAGUCGUGCCAAAAGGCCUGUUCCCUGUCCUGCGUACUCCAUGGCCUGGGUGUCCCCUGUGGCCGUCGGGUCCACAUGUCCUCUGUGGCCUGUACACCGCCACCGCAGUGUCUGUGUGUCCAGCUGAGACUGGGUGUCCCUCUGGCCUGUGAAUCUGUGCCCACUUGUCCACGUGCUUGUGUGCCCGUGUCAUGUUUCGUGUGCUGUGACCCUGUGCCCCCCUUCCCGGGGUGCCCGUGUGGCCGGGGUCACAUCCCAGCCCGGUGCCUUCCACCCUGGGCAGCAGGGGCAGUGCCCCGGCCCACCACAGCUGCCUCCGGGCCUCAGCCUGGCCUCACUGCAUUCCAGGGGCUGCAUGGCCCCCGCUUUUCCCGCCACUGGCCUUAAUGGCCCUCGGGCCCUCCCUCCGCCCAGGACAGGAUGGCACCUGCCACUCUCAGGACCACCCUUCCAAGGCAAUAAACCGGAUCCUGUUGCA